AUGUUCUCUCAAUUGCAAUGGUUCCGCCAACAGCGCGCAGAGCUAGCAUUCGAGCGAACUUUCAGCGGACGGCUUGUCGUCAUCGGCCGGAGAGCAAUGGGGCUUUACUGUAUUUUCCGCGGGCUCACGUCGAUCCUGAACAUACUGUUACCCGCCGCGAAGCCGCCCGCACCUGACGCACCGUCACGCGUGUACCCCGGUCUCCUCACCGCACUUAUAAGCCUCGUGCUUUCAGAUCCUAGCACCGCAGAGGCGGUGCUGAGGCAGGUAAACCUCGCGAUCGUGGGCAUCAUCAUCUGGAGCAGCGUGAACAGGGUUCUGCGCGGCGUCGCGAGCGCGCUGAAGGUCACCAGCCGGGCCGCUAUCAAGGACGUCGUGCUGCUCGUGCUCGCGCAGGUCAUGGGAAUCUAUCUGCUGUCGACUCUCAUCCAGCUGCGUACGUCGUUUCCCCCUCCAGCCAUGUCGAAUCCGGACGUCACGGAAGAGACGGUCAAUCUGUUCACGACCCUGCCAGCCUACGAGUUUUUCGGGCCUGUAUUUGACUGGAGCUUUUUGCUUGCCGCGGCGGGCGCGGGGGUUGGCGAGUGGGCCAGAGGAAAGAUGAGGACCGCUGAAUGA